CACGCGAGAAGCCGUUGUGACGGUUUACAUUGACGGGCUUUGUAGGCAAUGUUUUGAUUUAUUACGCUCGUUGUCGUUUCGUUGGCGGGAAAGUGUGUACCGUGCUAGGCUACAGAAAGGCGUCACCAAACAAACAAACAUCCUGCUGCAGUGCUUCAGUCAAAUACUGGAAACUCUUUUUUCUAUCCCCAACCAACCGUUCUACUUCCUAUCGGAGUUGAACAUACUGCAACUCAGAGAACGACUAUAAAAGCAAUAAAAAAAACUCGGUACAUAAACUAUCCAACCAGAAAGGACGAAAAAAAUAAAAAAAGGCAAAAAACAACUGAUACCCAAGACUUUCAUGGUGACAAUAUGGUCGUGUGCGGCGACAAGCAAGACUAAAAAACCCUUAGGCAAGUAGACGCUUUGCACAGUUUGUGUUCUUUAGUCCGAUCAAAGGAAAGAAACGGUGAGACGCGAGGCAGGCAGUGAGAAUAGAGUGUUGUUGAUCUUGUUUUCGUGUCAAAGCGUACGUGUAACACAUGUGAAACGGGGUCGAACGGCAAAUAUAAGCAUAGCGUGACUUUUUACAUCAAACAUUGACCGAGAAGGUUAACGAAGCAGAACAUAGUGAAAAUUGAAUUAACGAUUAAGGCAAUAAUUAACAACAACUAUUAUUGUGUUAUUGUAACGCGUGUGACUAUUUUUGUUAUAUUCCUAUUGUACCCUUACAUAUAUCGAGAGGGCUUAUGAGGUCCGUCGAUCAUUUAAUAAAUAUACAAAUAUACAAAUAUACAAACAACGACAGAAUUAAGGUGAUAAACGUGUCGUCGCAUGUGAUGGGGAUAAGGAGAAGUGUGAUAACUAGUAACGGCGUUCGUCAACAUGACAGCGCUCGUGCGACAAGUUAUCACGGAGGACUGUGGACAGGAGGAGCUGGUACAGUGCACAAGACCGCUGCAGGUCCUAUCGGCCACAUCGGAGCUGUCCUUCGUUACCAAGAAGGAGGAGCUGGAUAAACUUUGCCCCGAUCUGCACAAAGGACUGCACUGCAUACGAAGCUACACCCGGCGCUGCAUGAAUAUUCAUCAACGAGACCACUUCAACAAACUCUACCACGGCACUAAUGAAGUGAUACACGAGCUCUGCGAGGAAGGCCCAUAUCAGGAAGACUUUCUUAGACAUGCACCGUGCAUGCGGCAUGUGAAAAAAGACUACGAGGUGUGUGCGAUCCACUACCAGAGCACCAUGGCGAAGAUAGGCCAGUCGGUGGCAACGACAACCACCACGACGGUAGCGUCGUCCAUCUACCCAACAAUGGCCACACAUCCGGCGGCCGUCAUGAGCAAUGGUGGUGGGCAGUACCACAGCGGUGACAUGAGUCAGCAUCAGCAUCACCAUCACAGACAGCAGCAGCAGCACGAACAUUUGGGCCGAAGCCAUCCAAACAGCACCAAGUCGGUGGAGGAUGCGGAGGAGGAACGGCUUAAAACGGUUUGCUGUGCCUUCCAGAAGUACAUGCAGUGCUCGGAGUUUACGGUGCGGCAUGCCUGCGGCGACGAGACGGCGCUGUUCACGCGCAAAUUCCUCGACAAGAUGUCCAACACGUUGAUGCGGAUGCACUGCGUCGAUUACACGCCGGAAAGUGGCAAAUGCCGGGAUUACUUCAGCUCAAGCGCAACCCCGACGGGUCUAACGCGAUGGAGUUCAUCAAACAUGGUCACACUCGCCAUUGUCACGGUGCUUGCGGUUGUGCACACACUGCCAGUACAGCUGCACCACCGGCUGGGAACGUUUAUUUAAUCGCCACCCACAGUGACGCCGAUCGGUGCACGAUCGCACCCGGUACGAUCUCGAUGACAGCGACGGGGAAGCAGCGAAAGCAAGGAUGCAUCUCCAUUGGCUGCAGGUAAAUGACCAUAGAAGCGCUGUAAAUUGAGUGGAAAGCGAAGUUUAAUGGGUGAUUGAAAUGCAUAAAAAGGUGCAAAAAUCACACCCAUACAAGCUGGAAACAGUGAAUAGCUAAAGCAUUGUUACUCGCGGAAGAAAGGCAAACACUCAAAUGCAAAAAAGAAAAAAAGAAACAACAAAAAGUAGAUAAUAAAGCACAUACCAACACAAGGCUACACGCUGGAGUGUAAGUAAAACGAAAAAGAAGUAGACUGGACUCGUGCGAAGGGAAAGUAUAGGGAAAGCAACACGGUAUCCUCUUGUUUCUCUUUAUCUGAGGGUUACUACAGCUGACGCCGUGACCAGGAUGCAAACUCGUUUAUUUUGCCGUAAUUACCGAUGAUAGGCAGUACGGAUUGAUUAUUUCAUUUUGCAGUUUAGAGAAAUGUUUCACAAUGUGUAGAAAAAGAUGAAAAGCGAUUAAUGAAAGAAAGGAAGCAAAACUGACGAUCCUAUGAACUAUUGUUACUUUUGUUACUUUAAAACUAUUGUUACUUUGAAAAAAGAGCUAAAAGAAUGAUUAACAAGCGAACAAGCAAUACGAAAAACAAACAGAAAUGAAUAAAA